AUGAGCGGUUGCCAUGGACAGACCACACCCUCCUUCCAGUUUAUGCCAGGGUCGUCUCCUUCCAAUCCUAAUCUCGCUCUCGCCAUGUGCCAGCAACAGGCCGUUGCUGGGAAACUUACCGUGACAAGGGCGGGAAAAUACGCAGACGACAUAAGUGCAUGGUGUUCAAUGUACGAGCAAGUGCUGCCGUGCCUGUCUAGGACUCUUCAACCGUCCACGAACGCGAAGGACACGUUCUUAAAGCUGACCUAUAACGAAACCAUAGCAACGCGGAUGUCAAGAAGCCUGUGCCAAAGGUUCGCUUUUCAAUCAAGCGAUAUCCCUAUAAGGAUGGCCAACCUCUCGUGCGUUGACGCGCAAAUCGGUGACGUUCAGCGUUGCGUAUCGGAAAACACGCACUUCUAUGUAGAGAAAUUCAACAAGUUCAACUCAGGCGAGAUGCCCGGGGUGUCUCAGGAAAACGUGACGCUGCCGCCAAUAUACGCCUGCAUAAUUUCCGUGGCGACCGCGAGUUGCUUCCACAAGGCGCUGGCUCUGGCUCCCGGAUGCUCCAUCCCUCAGCGGAAGUUGAUGUACGACUACUACACGAUGAUGAGCGGGAACUGCCGCACCAUCGCCGGCGUGGUCGACGAAACCCCGACCACUCAAGAAUCAACUACCCAAGAAACGCUGGGCACAAAUCAAAGAUCUGUUGAAACCAGAAACCAGGCGGAAACCAUUCAGCAGCAGACUACAUCCGAUGUUACACGAGGCGGUAAACGACGAGGCGGUAACCUAUUUGAAACAGACGUUACUAGACAACGAGCGGAAGUCGCCAGCGCAGGCGCUGGUAACGCUACCACUACGCAGAUGAUUGGCAGACUUGAAAUGGGGCGCAAUGCUACAGUGGAGUCACCUCGCAGUGAAUGUCCCGUGUUUCGUGCGAAAUUGUUGUUAGUUUUUGCUGUAAUGGUCGCAUCAGUGCUCUGUGUUUUGUAAAAGCAAUGGCAACGGACAGAUAUUUAUGUAUUAUUUUAAGAUUAUUUAACACAAAUUCAUGGUGUAUUUCACAUGUUUAAGUAUACAUUGAGGAAUGAUUUAAUAUGUGUUUCAGAAAUAUCGCGAAGAGAUAUUAUUCUUUGAUGUUAUUAUAUGUUUUGGGUUGUAUAUAAGUACAGACUAUCAGGAAUAUAGUGUUCACAAUAUAAACUAACGAAUAACGAAUCAAUGCAAAUAUGGACUUCAUUAUUUAAGAUAGUAAUUGACGCACUGAAUUGAAACAUCAUCA